AUGGACCAGUCAGCGACGACGCAGGCUUACGUAUCAGGGAUGAAGGAGUCGCUUUCCCUCUACGGGAAUGAACUGGUCGAAUUCACCACCUAUUUCUCAAUAGGGUACGCUUUGUUUAUUGUUCCAGCGCAAUUGAUCCAGACAAGAGUUCGGCCGUCGAUAUUUUUGCCAAUUUGCGAAAUUAUCUGGGGCGCGUUGACACUAGCGACAUACAAGGCCCCGAAUGCGCGGACUAUCUACGGAUUGAGAUUCUUCCUCGGCGUCUUCGAAUCAACCUCUUGGCCCGGGAUUGUCAGCAUGAUCUUCAACUGGUAUACGCCGAAAGAACUAGGCAAGCGAUUAGCCAUAUUUGGCGUCAGCGGCGUGGCAGGAAGCAUGUUUCUCGGGAUUCUGCAAGCUGCCUUUUAUAAGAAUCUUAAUGGGGUAAACGGUCUCGAGGGAUGGCAGUGGCUGUUUAUCGUAUCGGGCUUUUUGGUCAUUCCCGAUUCCCCCUUGAUCACCCGAGCCAUCUACUUUAGCCCUUCCGAGCGCAAACUGGCUCGAUCGAGGUUAUUGGAAUACGGAACAACCACUCCAGGACUGAUCCCCUUCGAUGUCUUAAUUCGGAAGAUUCGUUCACUACUAAAGAGUCCUUUGACGUACCUUUUCCUUGCCGCCUAUCUCCAAUUUGCCUGGUCCCAACGCGCAAACUCGUACUUCCUCCUAUAUCUUAAAGGAAUCACAGGUUCGAACGGCAAGCCACUAUAUUCGACAUAUACCGUAAACCUCAUUCCCUUAGGCGGCUACGCGAUCUCUAUAGUGAGCAAUAUCACACUAAACGCGAUCAGUGAUUGGAAAGGCUGGAGGUGGCAGAUAUCUUGCGGCGCUGCUGCUUUACAGCUCGUGGCAACGUCGGUUCUGGCUGGAUGGCCAAACUCACAUCCCACGAUUAUGGCCUUCUAUUUUCUCACAUUCGCUACCGCUGCUUGGGGGUACGCAUUAAUCGCGUGGCUCGCGGAGAUAUGGCGAAAGGAACCAGAGGCGCGGUCUAUUGCCGUGGCGAUCGCCGUUACGCUGGUAUAUGUUGGACAUGCCACGAUUCCACUACGAGCAUGGAAAGUUUCCGAUUCUCCUAGAUACCCCAUCGGGUUUCCGUUAGCAGCGGCGUUUAGUGUAGGUAGUAUAAUUUCCAUGCUUGGAAUGCGGUUCUAUGUCCAGAAGUAUCCGGAUGUCUUGGACUGGGGUUUAGAUUGGAAAGCGAGACAAGUCGGUAAUGUUGAGGAACCAUCCGAUUCUGAUCAACAGACGUAGAUGCGAGAAUUCAAAGAAAUAAGGAUGAGAGAAAUAGGACAAAGGAAAGGAAUAAAGAGCGAAACUGACACGUAGUAUGUCUUUGAUGUUUCUAAACGUCAAAGAAAUGGAAACUUGAUUAUGUAGCAUAGGUCUCUGCUGACAUGUUAUUACGGCAAACAAAGG